AUGUGGAUCAACGAACUAACCCAUGUAGCGGACACACUUUACAUCAUGUCUGGACUCGGCAUGGUCGAGCGCGUCGCUGAGGAUACUUUUGCUACAAACGCCAUCACCAAACACAUGGUCGCCAUGCCCUCCGCGCAGCAUGGCGCCCUGCACUUUACCACCGAAGGACUAAUGGCUGGAGCGUUUUUGAUGAAAAAGCUUCAGGAUACCAAUUUCGCGUACCCCUUCGCAGACGCAGACGGACCCUUGCAAUACGCAUAUGAGCUAAUGGGCCAGUCGGACCUAGCGUCUCAGCACACAUACUCUAUCAUGGAGACGCAAGGGCGCAUGGAUAGCUUUAAUCAAUUCAUGGUCGGCAAAUUCCUCAAAUUCGGAACCUUCCCCGAGCGCGUCAGGGCAAUGGGCUACGAUCUGGAUAGCGCACUGGCUGGCGCUGGCUCGGCGGCAAUGGUGGAUAUUGGUGGUGGACGCGGCGAGCUCCUUCUCGAGGUCAAGGCUGAGUAUCCUGCACUGCGACCGGAGGAAUUGAUUGUGCAGGAGUUCAACGCUGAUAUUGAGUCCGUGGCUGGUGUCAGUCUCAUGGAAUGGAAUUUCAAGACGGGUGAGCAGCCGGUUCGCGGAGCGCGAAUCUACUCGAUGCAGCAUAUUCUGCACAAUUUACCGGAUUUGGAUGCUGUGGCUUUACUGCAGAAAAUCUCUCGGGCGAUGGCGCCCGGCUCGAGAGUGCUGAUUAUUGAAUAUGCUAAGAAUGUGACUUAUACUUCGCUCCAUGCGAGUAUGAUUGCGCUGUAUGGUGGGCGCGAGCGGAGUGCGGCUGAGUGGCGGCAGAUGGCGAGCUUGACGGGGCUGGAGGUGACUUUUGAGAAAUAUGUCAGGGCUGGCGAGUCCUUGGUGGAGAUGAGGAGGGCGGAUCGCUAG